AUGAUUGUGAACGACUACGGUGACAGUGUUGAUGGACGAGUUGUGGCAGCCUUAGCUCCACCACCACUGCCGCAUUCAGUAUCAUGCGAUGGCCUAGUCGAUCUCACGGCUCAGAGUCGACGCUGCCUCCACUUCAGCAGCAGCCAUUUCGAAGACCGCUCGUCUUUCAAUUCUGUUCCACUGCUGCCGUUGCCUCCAUUAUCAUCACCAUCGCCGCUACCUUCAGUGAAUGCUUUAGCAGGAAACUCAGAUGAAAAAAGGCCUGCGGGACAGAGUGAAGGGGGAUUGGAAUUCUCCGAACCGCAGAGUGGCUGUGAUAUGGAAAUUUCAGACACCAAUGCUCCUCUAGACCUCUCCAUGAAACCUCGUCCUGGGCCGUCCGACAUUCCUGAAUUUCACCUCAUCGAGAUCGGUGUUUCACACUCGAAGCGUUUAUUGAAGAAGGUGGAGAAGUUUAUUGAUGCUGCCAUUAAUCUCUUUGCAAAGCCCUCUGACCUCUACACCGCCCCAGAGAACGUAUCUCCUCAAGAGGACGCCGUGGAAGAGGCUGCUGAAGCAUCAGCGGCGGUGCUGGGGCGCAGAUUGAGAGAGAUGGUGGCUGUGGUGGCGAUCGACAAGGCGGAGGAGCAGGCUACUGAGGCGGAGGUGGCGAUUCCUCCAAUCGUACCUUUUACACUGUCCAAUUUUUAUCGGAGCUUGCCACUAUCAGAGCCGUCAUUUUCGCUUGUCCUUCGUCACCUUCUUACCCUUCCCGAGUGGAAAGCUUUGGCCUUCCUUCGCUACCCUACAGCCAGAGGCAAGGAGCUUGCUGAUCAGUUGGCCGUGAUAUACAAAGAUCUUACACGGUGCAAGCGAAAGUUAAGGCAACUCAAUCUGAUACAGCGACGUAGGGCUGCCAAUAGACACUCAGCGGCUCCAGAGACUGUUAAGUCGCCACCACCACCACCACCACCGCCGCCGCCGCCUCCGGUGCCACCAAAAACUCAACAGCUAUCUUUUCCGAACACCUACACUGAUCCAAACACCUGCCCUCUCUCUCUCCUCAGUAUGGUCAUCGAUCAGAAGGCCACUGAACCCACUUCUCCCUCUCAGGUGCUGCAAAUGUCACCGCUCAGUGUGGACACUGAGGUUCUGGAGGAAACAGCGAAAGUGUGCCCUCUCUCAGACGUCGGACCGCGAGCGUGGGCGGCAACGCCUCCACCUCCACCCCCCCUGCAGGCAUCCGUCUCCAUCACUAUGCGUAAUCGCUCCUUCAGUUUUCCUAAACGUCCCGCUACUCCUCUGACUGCCCCUUCCAUGAGUCGACGCAAAGUGAAGACCGCCCUUGCCACUGGCUCCUCCACUACCAGUGUGUGGCCUCCCAAACGCAGACGUUCUGAGGUUUCCCGCAAAAACAUCCGACUCCACUGCCGCUCUGGUUGCGUUCUCCAAUGGCCCUGUAGCAUGUCACGUGAAAGAAACUGCCUGCAUUGUUGCAUCACGUGUAUCCAUCUUGUCAACACCAAUGUAUGGACUCUAUCAUCCACAUCGCUGCCUAACAAUAAGUGUUUUACUAUUUGUGCUCGUCCCGAAUCCGGAUGUGUGAAAGGUAAAUCUCGAUGCGUCUCGGAGUCGGUGGACUCCUGCGAGGUCGUCUCUGACGUCUCCACCUCACCCCUACGCCUGAACGAGCAACUGACAAUCCAGGUGAGGAACCCUGUCGACCCGCAACAAAGUGGUUUCUCUGCCUAUCAUUCUGUCGAGAUGAGUUCGACUUAG